CUCAAGCAGCUUCUUUGUCCUGCUCCACAGAGCCUACGCCUAACUAGCCUGUUUUGGAUUUUGCACCAUAAGAGUUGAUAAGGAGCAGCUCGUUGACCUGUAAUAAUCCUUGAGAGAACUAGAAGAAGAACAAGAACAGAGAACUUUCCUCAGCUCAGAAGAACAACCUCUGACUGAGAAUAUUGAAAAGGUGGUGAAAUGGGGAAACUUGGUCGGAUUCUGGAUACGUUCUGUCUCUCAUCAUCAUCGUCUAGCUCAAGCUCCUGCUUCUGUGUGAAUUCCAUGGAGAUUAAGGAUGAUGAGAUUGAGACGAAGCCCUUGUUCGCCAGUGAGAUUAGUGAAGGAGAACAAAAACUCAGAUUGAGGGACGUAGUUUCUGGGAAGCAAACAUUGGCUUUUCAAUUGAAGCCGAAGAUAGUGAUAUUGAAGGUUUCCAUGCAUUGCGAUGGCUGUGCCAAAAAAGUGGAGAAACAUGUGUCCAAGUUAGAAGGAGUGAGCUCAUACAAAGUAGAUCUGGAUAACAAAAUGGUGGUUGUUGUUGGAGACAUUCUUCCCUUGGAAGUGUUACAGAGUGUGUCCAAGGUUAAGAAUGCCCAGCUUUGGUAUUAAUUUAUUUUCCUUUCAUGUUCUUGACAUUCGACAGGGAUAGACACUGGUGGGGAAGAAGAAGAAGAAGAAUGCUUAUUUAUGUUGUCUCUGUUAUUUUGUUCUUAAGAAUUACUGUCUGUGUAUUUAAUAUUUUUCCUAGUUUCUGCAAUUCUCUUGCAGGAUAGCAAAUAUUAUUUAUUUCCGUAUAAUCAUUUGAAAUUCGAUACUGCUGGAUCAUAUUUGAGCAGUGUCAAGUUCAACUGAGCAAAUGGCCUCUGAUUCGAUGAAGACUUGCUACUAGAUAUUUUAAUGAAGGAUGAUAUAACUUUUAUUCUUUAA